AGCUGCCUUGGGACCAAGCUCCUGCUGUCCCUUGCAGCGGCCGAUGGAUCAGGAUCCUCACGUCGGACGUGGCACCAACGCUGGCGAAGACAGAUCGCCCAGUGGAUGCGCCUGCAGGAGAACUUCGACGAGCAGCACUCCGAUGAGUAUGAGGACUGUACCGACUCCGAAUCUGAUGUCGAAGCCGACAUCGCCACCGGUUCCGCCGUUGCUAAGGCCGUGUUCAAGAUGCGGGGUUGCUUCAGCUCAUGGGCUAUGCCAAGACGACCGCAAAAUUUGAAUGCGCUUGGAUAUGAUACGCUGUCAGCUUCUGAUGGAACUACGCGAAUUUAAUCCAGCAUUCAGUCACCAAUACACUGUCCAGCUAGCAGAUCGCCUGCAGCCUACUUUCAGUGAGUGCACCCUGUGGAGAGCAUUCAGAUCUCUUUGGGUCCCUCCGUGUCUUCCACCCUCAUGUGUCCUUGCCAGUAUCUUUCAUAUUCGAUGCAGCACCUAAGCCAGCAAGGGAACGAGUUGACGUAGAUACUGUCGUCUAGCCUUCUCUCACCCUGGCGGGUGCUGAUGGAUAGCCUUCUGGAUCAUCUCGGCAACUUGUUUGGCACCGUUUGCGUACUGGAAGGGUCCAGGGAGGGUAGCAAGGAAUGG